AUGGGCGCAAUUGAUCUGCUUCUUAUGCUGUCAAUACCAGCUGUGAUCAUCAUUCACCUGCUGGUAGCCCCUUACACCAAAGUCGAGGAGUCAUUCAACAUACAGGCCACACACGAUAUCAUCUCAUAUGGCACGCCCACAAAGGACAUUCACCAGCGCCUGUCAGCUCACUAUGACCAUUUCGACUUCCCCGGCGCUGUGCCUCGGACCUUCGUCGGGGCAGUCUUCCUGGCAGGCCUCAGCCAACCCUACAUUGCGCUGGUUGGCUUCCAACAUGCCCAACUCAUCGUGAGAGGAGUCUUGGGGAUGAUCAAUGCGGUAGCCCUCCUGUGGUUCGGUGCGAAGUUGGAAAAGGCUUUUGGAAACUCGACGGCGCGGUGGUAUGUAUUACUGCAAGCCAGCCAGUUUCAUGUCAUGUUCUAUGCCUCUAGGACUUUGCCAAACAUGUUUGCCUUCGGUCUGACAACCAUGGCGUUCGCGCAGUUGGUAGGAAGUCCUGAUCCAGAGAAGCAGAACCGACGCUACAGUAUGGCCAUUGCGCAUCUGACCAUCGCCACGGCGGUAUUCAGAUCAGAGUUGGCCAUCCUUCUUGUGACCACAACCCUCUACUGCCUACUGGUCCACAACAUCCCCCUGAAUUCGAUCAUCCCGGCAUUACUGGUCUUCUUCGUAUUCUCGCUGGUUACGACGAUUCCCAUCGACUCGUACUUCUGGCAAAAGCCCCUCUGGCCAGAGCUAUGGGGGUUCUACUACAAUGCCUUGCUCGGUUCCUCCUCGGACUGGGGAGUCUCACCUUGGCAUUACUACUUCACAUCUGCCUUGCCGAAGAUCCUAACGAACCCACUGAGUUCGAUUGCGCUGAUCUCCUUCGCCAUGUGUAAUCCAGGGACGAGGCGCCAAGCGCAGGCGCUGGUCAUACCGAGUCUGCUCUUCGUGACCAUAUACUCGCUCCAGCCGCACAAGGAAGCCCGCUUCAUCUUCUACGUCGCGCCUCCUUUGACGGCAGCCGCGGCUUUAGGGGCGAACUACAUCUUCACACGUCGCACCAAGUCAGCCGCCUUCGCAGUCGCAUCUGCUGUGAUCGCAGCCUCCGUGGUUCUGUCCUUCACCAUAAGCACCGCCAUGCUCAUCGUCUCCUCCCUCAACUACCCCGGGGGCGAGGCGCUCUCCGAGCUUAGAAGCCUCGUCACGUCGUCCUCGUCUCCCGAUCUGCAGACGGUUGUCGUACACACAGACGUGCUGUCCUGUAUGACGGGCGUGACCCUCUUUGGCCAACACCCCUACCGGCCGAACGACCCGCGCCCCUCCAACGAAGCCUUGACUUUCGUCUUUGACAAGACCGAGGACGAGGGCACGUUGCGCAACCCCAAGUUCUGGGAGAAGUUCGACUACGCGCUGGCGGAAGAUCCGGCCAGGGUUCUGGGCCCGUGGGAGACGGUCGGCGUGGUGGAGGGGUUCGCCGGGAUCGAGGUCCUCAAGCCGGGCGGCUCGGCGUCGUCGAAGGGAGAUGUCGAAAGCGGCCGGGACAGGGUGUUUGGGCGAGGCGAGCUCGUGGGGAGGGUUAGGGAGAGGGUGAGGGCGCUGACUGGUGGGUGGUGGAUCGGGCCGCGGAUGGAGCCGCGGGUGCAUAUCUUGCGUAAGUUGCGUGAGGGCGAGGCACGACGGGCUGUGAUAGAGUGA